AUGCAUCUCAACCGCGCUUUCGCUGUUCUUCUGGCUUCGCCUGCACUUGCCAUUCCUGUUGCCCAGCUUGAGCAUCCCAACAUUGCCGGUAAAGUGCAUGGGCUUAUCGCUCAAAAUAACAGCACCAACAUCCACAAUGGCACUGGCGCCGGCCGAGACCAGUACCGCAUGUACACGGGCAACGGCUCUCCUGCCAGCGGCUGGCCUGCCAGGAGCGAUUGGGUGUCCUUUGAGUACAUAGGGAAUGUUAACAGACGGGACAGGUUUGCCAAGAACAGGGCCGCAAUGCUCAGCUCCUGCAGUCGCUUCGGCGUUCCCAACAACAGCGAGGCCGAAGUUAGUGCAAUCCGGGACGGCAUCCUGAAAGUCGCCACCGAGACGGGCGUCGACAGCCGCUUCAUCCUGGCCAUCAUCAUGCAGGAGUCGACCGGCUGCGUGCGCGUGCACUCGACCGUGGGCUCGCACCGCAACCCGGGGCUGAUGCAGGACCACGACGGCGCGGCGACGUGCAACGACCGCGGCACCGUGCAGCACCCGUGUCCCGCGAGCACGAUUGAGCAGAUGAUCCGCGACGGCACCGCCGGCACCCCGCGCGGCGACGGCCUCCUGCAGUGCCUCAGCGCCGCCGGCAGCGCCGACGUCGCCGCGUUUUACCGCGCCGCGCGCAAGUACAACUCGGGCCAUGCGCCCGAGGAUCUCGGCACCGGGGGCGCCACCGCUUGCUACGCCAGUGACGUCGCGAACCGCCUCACGGGCUGGGUGAGCGCUGCCUCCAAGUGCACUUUGUGA